AUGCAUCGUCCACUAUUUUUGCAUAUUUUAUCCGCAUUGGAAACACAUGAUUCCUACUUUGUCCAGAAACGGGAUGUUGCUGGGAAAAUUGGUUUAUCCUCACUACAAAAAGUAACUGCUGCUAUGAGGAUGUUUGCUUAUGGAGUAUCAGCAGAUUCUGUGGAUGAUUACGUGCGGAUUGGAGAAAGCACCACUAUAGAGAGUCUCGACAGGUUUACCAAAGCAAUUGUUGCAAAUUUCAGUGAUGAGUAUCUAAGGUCACCAACUAAAGAGGACACUACAAGAUUGCUAGCAAUUGGCGAACAAUGGGGAUUUCCUAGGAUGUUAGGAAGCAUUGACUGCAUGCAUUGGACAUGGAAGAAUUGUCCGAUUGCGUAUCAUGGUAUGUAUACUGGUCACAUCCACACUCCUUGA